AUGGAAGCAAAUUCGCUUUGCAACAUAGUGGAGGAAACGUUGUAUACGACACGCAAGAGCAUUGACGUGGACCACGAAGUCGAUAACUCGAGCGCAAUGACGCUGGCUCUGGACCCGACAUUCAGCCGACGUACUCGCCACAAUGAACUGCGUUGGCACUACGUACGCGAGCAGGAUACAAAGAACAAGAUUAAACUUCACAAGGUCAAAACCGAAGAUAGUGCAGCCGAUCUUCUUACGAAGACGACAAAAGCAGACCAGUUUAGCACUUAUGGUAAAUUCAUUGGGCUUAUGGAUGCGGACAAGUCAGACACUAGGAAUGGCCUUCUGCAUUGA